AGGUUUCUCUCCCUAUCCCAGGCCUGGAUCGGGGGUCUCCGAGCCAGCUCUGUUGCAUCUUAUGGGAACCACGUGAAGGCCAGCUGCCAUUGGGUCGCCUUCAGUGCCGAGGCAGCAGGUGUGCUGGGCAUUGUGCUGCUGGAGGGCAGGGAUGGGGGCAAGAGGACUGUGUCUCAGCUCUGCUGCCACUCAGAUGCAGUGACAGACUUCGACUUCUCACCCUUUGACCCACUCCUGCUGGCCACAGGCUCUGCUGAUGAAACGGUGAAGGUUUGGCGCCUGCCUGAGGAAGGGCAGGAGCUGCCCAGCAGUGCAGGGCUGACGCUGGGUCCUGGAGGGGGCCCAGUGGACAUGUUGCAGUUCCACCCAACGGCGGAUGGCAUCCUGACCAGUGGUGUGGGGAAGUGUGUCACCGUGUGGGACAUGGGGCAGCAGCAGCCGCUGACAGCCUUGGAGGCCCAUGGGGACCAGCUGCAGAGCAUAUCCUGGAAGCAUGACGGCCGCCUGCUCGGCACCUCCUGCAAGGACAAGAAACUGCGGAUCUUUGACCCUCGAGCCGGCCCAGCUGCAUCCCAGAGUGUCCCAGGACAUGAGAACAACAAGGACUCCCGGCUGCUCUGGAUGGGAGCCAGCGAUUGCCUCAUCUCUGUGGGGUUCAGCCAGAUGCGUGAGCGGGAGGUGAAGCUCUGGGACACACGGAAGUUCAGUGGCGCGACUUUCACCUUGGCACUGGAUACCUCAUCUGGGUAGGGAUGGGGACUUACCAUGGGGUGACAGAGGGAGGACGUGAAGUAGCACAGUGGUGCUGAGUAGGGAUGUGCUCCAGUGCUUGGGGACCUGCAGUGAGCACAACAGGAGCUGGUGAGUGGCCCCUGGCAUCAGCAGCGCUCAACCAGAAAACCAGGGGCCAGGCUGGAGAUGGCACGGCCAUGUCCCUGGCACCAAUCACUUGGGAUGGGCGGGAGGUGACAGUGUCAGGGACAGUAUGUCUGUGUCCUCAGCAGCGCUGUGACAGGCAACAGCAGUGCUGGCAGUGACUGCGUGUGCUGUGGGUGGCAUAUGUUGCUUGAGAACAGCCAGGCCUCUGACACAGUACUGCAUGCGGGUGAACUCCUUUGGCACAGCUUGAUCCCAACCCUUUGCUUGUGAUGGGCUAGGCACUUUGUGCAGCAGCACAGGGGCUGCCCAGUGACAAGGACUGCCUUCAGGGCAUCCCUUUGGAAAGUGGUACAAUGGCUCUCAGGACUGCAAGGGCACUUCUUUUCAAGGUGGUGAUGAUGUCUUUUGUCUUUGUGGCACCACUGGGGCUGUCAAGGUGACAAAUGCCCCAGUUUGGGCUGGCCCCAUCGCUCCGAUGUACCCCUGCAAGCUGGCCAUGGUGCACACAGGGAGAUGGGAACCACUCGAGAGGGCAGAUGGAGGAGAAGGUAGUGUCUUCAUCCCACCAGAGUGAUGGAGGCUUGGGGCAAGGCCCUUGCUGUGCUGUGCUGGAAGCCUCUGGCUCUCUCCAGAGCCGCUGGCAAAGCAGCAGGGACACUGGGACCUUCACUGCACAGAGAGCUGGCUCCAUCACAGGCCAGAGUGAUGGAGCGGGCUAGGUGAUUGGAGCAGCUGGGUGCUGGUACGUGGCCUCUGGCAAGGAGCUGAGUGAGCUGUGACAGCAGAAGCAGCACUUGGCUGCCCUACUGUGUCCCCACAUGAGAUGUCUGUCAGCCCCGAGACAGCAAUUGGGAUCUGCAGGAGAGGAGAGGAAUGGUCGCUGCUGUGGUGUGGAAGUGCUGGCAUGUCCCUGCUGGGAAGGUCAGCCUAGCAUGGUGGCCAGGGAGCAGCCAAAGGUGGAGGCAGAGCAGGAGGCUUCAAAGAAUCGCUCAUCUUCUGCAAGCUCCCAGGGCUCCGGGCUUGCUGGCUACACUGGGACAAUAGGCAGAGGCAGCCUCAGCUGGCUGUGCCUCCAAAAGAGUGAGACUGCUGCAGGGGAAAACACUCCUUCCCCAAUGCUGGCGGGAUGCUCCCAGGCUGUGGCUGCAGCCACCUCCCUGUGUGCCAUUAGUGCCCAGAGUGAACCUCCUCCAGGGGAUCCACACACAUGGCAUGCAGCUAAAGGGUGUGAUGCUUUGGAGUCCUUUAUGCAGAACCCCACAGCUGUGCAGUGCCUGCAGGAAUCACCCCAAACCCUACCACUGCUUGGCCCCUGUGCACACAGGGACUCAGCUGGGGUGAGCCAGCCCAUCUAAAUUGGAUCCAGACAUGGGGCCGCACUCAGUCCCAUUUGCGCAGGCUGCAGUUAUUUUGGCUGCCGGCUUUAUCGGCCGCCAGGAAUGUGGCUGGCAGGCAGCGCGUGGUGUGUCAGCCCGUGGCUUGGUGAGGCUGCAGCUGCAUGGCAAUCGGUGCUGAUAAGGCGGCGGCAAAGAGGGGCCGGGAGGACACGGGGCCUGGCUCUGGGGAGCAGUGAGCAGGGGGAGGUGUUUGUAGUACAGAUACAGGGGUCACACACAGCCCAUCCCCACCGCAGCUGGGGAUGCGGCCACCUCGAGGCCGGGUGUGGAGGAGCUGCUCUCAGGCACCAUCUCAGAGGUGCCAGCCCCCCAGCUCGUUGCUACCAUCUUUUCCCCACUGCGCCAUCUCCAUCCUAGCACGCCUCACUGCCCAUGAUUGAGUUUGUACACGGGCACGCUGGGCCGUGGGUCUCCAUCACAGGCACACACGGCCAUCGAGCAGCGCUGCCUGGUGCUGACCGUGCAGGCUGCGCGGCGCACAGCAACUCAUUGAGGAAGCAAUCAGUGGGCGGGCAGGAAGCUCAUACCAUUCAUUACUGACGCCGCAUGGCAGGAAGGGGAGCAUGCAGCAUGCCUUGGGCCCCUUGCCUGUGUGGCCUCAGGUACCCAGUAGCACCCCAAAGCAGAUAGAGAACAGCUGCAGCAUGCCCAGCCCCGACACACUGCCAUGCCCCCACUGAGCCCUAUGGGUCGUUGUGUUCUUGUCCAACAUCACUGGAGUAGGGGCACCCCAGUUUCUCCUCUACAUCUUUAAGUGUGUUUUGGGGGUGCCCCUCUCACCUGUGUGGGUGAGAGCUGUGCAAAUGCAGAAACCUUGCUAUGAAAGCAUGGGGCAGCAACACCUGGCACAGCCCAGACCCUGUGGCAGGAGGCGUGGGUGGCCCCAGCCCCACUCCAUGUUGCCAUCCCCAGCAUGCCGCCUGUUGCUCCCUUUGAAUCGGGUUUUGUCUUCCCUCUGGCCCUCUUUAAUUAGAUCAAGGAGCAGCAGGAAUAGGCCUCAAUAGGUUAUUGUUGCCCUAAAUUGUAACCAGCACCGGUGGAGUUGGGUUACGGGCUCAGCCGUGGGGUCAGCGGCCAGACCUGAUGCAGCAGCCCACAGCCUGGUGCCAUUUCCACAUGGCAGCGGCAAUGAGAACAGUGGUGCCUUGUUGUGCUGCACCACCAGCUCUGCAGUGUCCCCAAAGCCCCAAAAUACUGGGUUCUAAAGACAGGAGCAUCUGCCAGGAGCCCCAUCUGCUUGGCAUCCCUGUACGAUGCCUAUCCUCACACCCCUCAGUGCCACCACGUUCCCAUUGUGCUGCACAGGUGCCAUGAAAGCACUGGGUCAGGGACAGUUUUUGGGAGGGCCAAGCAAUGGGGCCCUGCGUGGAGUGAAGUCCUCAGGGCUGGGCGGCACGUGCAGGGAAGGAAGGCGGUUUUAGAGAGCUCAAGCUCUGUUUGGCUGCAGGAUGUGAAGGGUGGUUCCCCCCGGGGAUGCUGACCCGGACGGGAUCAAUUCACUGCCCAACACCCAUCAGUGUUCCAGAGCCAAAGUCGGAGCUCAGACUGAGGAUUUGCUCACUCGUCAUCUCCCAGCUGAAGGGCUCCAGCUUUCGUGCAUGCCAAGGCACACGCCUCCAGUGUCACACUGUCACUUCCACACUCAUUGGCUGUGAGGGGACUGUUAAUGUACAUUUGGAUGUGAUCCCCACACCCUCAGCUUCUCAAGGCUCCCCGCUGCGAUGGGACUCAUCCUAGGGGUGCACACAUCCAAAUCCCCAUGCAGUAGCUCCAGCAGGACCUCCCCCUGUCCUGACGUGGCCAUUGAGCCAUAUGUGCUGGCUUUUCCCAGCACCUAGCAGCCAUUUCCUAUGAUUCUGGGGCAUUUUGGGGUUUUCCAACAACACCCACCGCAUCUGCAAUGCCUCAGUGGCAGAGCCCUGAGCAGGAUGGAUCUCUGUCCCAAUACCCACCUCCAAAACAGUAGCGUACCUGCUAACCCCCACCCUCACCCCCAGGCUUUUCUCUCUGCUCCUGCCAGCUCCUGGUGCCCACACCUGGCACAAGGAGGGAUGAAGGUGUCCCACUGCUGCUUGGAGGGGUUAACGCCGUGCGGCCCCACAGCCCGCUCUGCUCCUGCAAAAAUAGCCGUGUGCCUUGCUCUGGCGGGAGUGUGGUGAGCUCCGUCACUGCCGAAAUCGCUCCCAGAUGGGCCACAGCCCCAUCCCAGCCUCGUGCUGGCCCACAGCCGCCUCUGCGGGCGACCGCCGCUCCCCAGCCCUGGCCUCGUCAGCUUUCCAGGAAGCCGGCAAUAUUUCUGCCUUUCCACAAGCUCCUCCUGGCAGCCGAGGCUUCACCGCAGUACGCGGGGGCUGCAGGACACUGACACACAUGGCACCCUCCUCCAGCUCACUGUGGACAUCCCUCACCCCGGGGCAGGGGGUUGGGGACCCUGGCACCCCUGCUGUGGCCCUGCAAAGCUGUGUGUCCUGCCAGGGCUCUUCUGCAGCCAUGGCUACCCAGCGUGGGCUGCCAGGUGUUGGGGACACCAUGAUGUGUCCCACUGCCUGCUGAGCCCCAGCCGGAGUGCUUUGUCCCCAGGGCACUCGGUGACCACCCUGUGGGCUUGAACAGCAAAAGGGAUUUUUUUUGGUUUCAUGUCAAGGGGUUUUGCAAUCCGUUCCCUGCGCUGAUUCAGCUCGGAGGAAUUAGCAGCGCCGCACAAUGUGCCGUGCUCAUCUGCUCUGGGCUGCAGUGGAGCUGGCAGCAGGCGGGGGGACUUCUGCACUUAGUGUAGGGAACUGCGGGGGUUUUGAGGCUGCAUAUUUGGGGCCGUGAGGGCAAUUUUGGGGCUGCAACAGAACUUUUUGGGUGCAGUUGAGCUCCUGUAAAGCCAUGCGGGUUCAGGGGUGCGUGCCAAGUAUCAAGGGAUCCAAGUGCCACGCUUUGCUGCCACUGCUGUGUUCCCGCAUGCCAGGGCUGUGCUCAGCCACAGUGCCCAGUUUGCUGCCCAGGGGACCCUGGUACAGCAGCUAUGUGCUGGGGAAGCAGGGAGGUGGCAGCAGAAGGGCUGUGGAAUGAAACCCCAAAGUGCAAGAUGAAAGCUGUGCCAUGUGCCAGCAGUAUCCUUGAAUGCCACUGUGCUGACACCAUGGCACGAGUGGAUGGGGACCAAGUGGCACCGCUGUGCCAGCACAGUGCUUAAGAGUUGCUGAAAGCUGCCAACCCAGCAGGGUCCUGGAGCCCAUAGGAAUAAUGGGAAGGGAAAAGAAAGGGGCACAGAGGGAAGGGGCUCCAUGGCCAGUCCUGGCUGGGGCCACAGUGGUGACACAGGGAGCACCCACCACUCGCCGGCACGGGGCUCGAGCUCCGCCGGGGAGUUUUCUGCUCUCCUUGCAAGGCUGGAAAAUAUACAAAGCUUGCAGUGAAAAUAUUUACACAGCAGCAAUUUUCAGAGGAAUUUGGGAUGUUAAUUUGAAAAAUCUGUGGGGAGAGAACCACAAUGGGCCCUUUGAGCGGGCGAGCGUGGCCCUCGCGCCUGCCCGCCCGCGCCAGAGAGGGGCCCCCGCCACCGCCGUGCCGGCCCUAAUGGGAGCCAGCCCUGCCGGAAACCCACCUGGGAGCCGGGGGGGUGCAGACGGCCCCGCCGCCGCCCCGCGCCCCUAAUUGCAUCCAGAGCACACGAGGCCGGGUCAGGGCCAUGCCCUAUGGGUGCACCCAGGGGGCCCAGCGAGGCGGGGGCUACAUGGCGCUCACCUGAGGAGGGGUUCCCAGCUCCGCAGCCCUCUCGGCAGCUGGCCGUGGCGGCAUUUCAGCCUGCUUUGCUCACUUUCUCCAAAUAAAACAUACCUCCGCGGGCAGGGACCCAACCUGGAAAAUUCCAGCCCAAAAGAUAAAGGAUUGGAAAACGAUUAAAACCAGAGGUUGGAACAGAAAGCACUUGGCAGCAGGAACCUAGUGCCGGCCCCAAGCCCCCGCCGCAGUCAGCGCACGAGCACGGCCAGGGGCUCACACAUAGGAGUGGGGGCCCGACGUGGCUACCUCAGCCAUGGCCGUGGUCACAGCCCCUGGGCAGGGAGCUGUGGCCGUGCUGCGGACUGCAACCAUGCUGCAGGCUGCACUUGGCCACGCUCACCUCAGGCAUAUCGAGGCUGGAGGCUCAGUGCCAGCAGAGCCCCCCGCAGCCCCUCAGCCCUGCAGUGAGGAGGAGGAGGGUGACGUCAGGAGGUUAUCGGGUUGGGCCGGGCUGUGUGUCCGCCGCCCCGCAGCCAUCUGGCAGCGCACGCGAUGAAGUCAGGCGGGAUGAUGUGCAGGGCCAGGGCGCGUUCGGAGCUCGCCGCCUCUGUUUUGGUGACACCUCCUUAGCACUCGCAGUGGGGGGUGGAUUCGUGGGGGAUCCUCCUCAGAAUGGGGGAAACCACCCUCUGUGCUCUGAGUCAUCUGCUGACAGCAAGAAGGGGACAAGGGGACACAGGGACACGGGCACGGCCCUGGGGCAAGCCGUGCUGCGCAGUCGCUGGGGGGUCCUGCAGCCCCCACCUUGCCAACUCUGGGCAGGAUUUCUCGUUGUUGUUGUUGUU